AUGAUGGAUGAUAUAAUACAAGGACAGGAGCCUCAAGGUUUAUUCUCCAAGCGUUCGUCUUCAAAUAUUCUCUCAGAUCCAAGGAUUUUGGCACAUUUACGGAUCGUGGCAGAAGAGGCUCAAAGCUCUGAGCAGAAUCACGAACACGAUGAAGAAUCAGAGCUGCAGAACACGAAACGGGAGCUUGGGUUAAAGAUAGCGGCUUACAACAAAGGAAACCAACAUGGGGCAUUCCGACUGAUAUUGAAAGAGGUACGAGUGAUGUUUAUCACGAACGAAUAUAUUGGCAAAGGAAUGUUGGCCUUAACCAUCACUGAGGGAUAAUUAUAAACGCUUAUCUCGCUUUUCUUGUGUCUGGCACAGAAAUAGACAACUUAAAUCUGGCGGUGAAAAUCGAGUUACAGUAACGAUUAGAUAACUUUUGAAAUUAAUCGUUUCAGUCGUUGACAUUUUCUCAUCAAACUGUCACUUACAUUCCCUACAUGUGGCAACCAGACAUGCAGGACUAAAGCUAGCCAGCACUAGCGAACGAAGGUAGAAUCGUAUUGCGAUAAAUCGUAUUGGCUGAUUGUUGGUUCGAUUGAUGUGACUCGUGCAGCAGAAUACUGAAUCACCUGUGAUGCACUAUUUCAAUUUCAGGAUUUAGGUUUCGAGGGAGCUUUACGUUUCUACUUUGAGGACGGGAAAGAGGAACUAACAAAGGCUCUACGCCUCACCAACAAAACUCUGGUUUCGGAGCUGCUACCAACGCUGAUCGAAAAGUUCAAGCCCGAUUUGGCCAACUCGGUAGUCGAGAAGAAGGCCAAACUUUAUGAAGUUUACGAAGAAGGUAAAACAGUCUAGAUAAUUAACAAUCGGAGCUAGACCAUAGCGAACAAACAAUAAUGGCACUCAGGCGAAGCGCUGUGCGAUUUCAAGUAUCCUUAAAUAACUAUCAGCGCGAUUUGAACAUUUAAUCGAAUAACGUUAUUUGUAACAACAGGAUCGAAAGCGAAAUUCUCAGUUUAUGAUAUUAUAGUUUAUACUUCGUAAGGUGCAAAUAAUUUCAUUGCGAUUAAAUUAACCUGAUUUGAUGCGCACUUUUUUACUUCCAAUAUACAAGUAAUUGUUUUUUGUAAAGUUUGCAGUGUUUACAUUGCGGACCAUUCCUAACAUAGCAACGUUGACAGUCUUUAUUAAAACUCCUAUGAAUCGAACACGGAAAAGGAAAUUUACUAUUGCUUUCUCAAAAUCUUGGCAUACAAAUCACAAAAUCUAAGUUAAGUAUGGAAUAGUAUGCCGAAGUGCGAACAAUAUGCGCAGUAUGACUAUCGUUAAUAUAAUUAAACCUCGAUGAGCUGAGUAAUUAAACGUUACAAUUACUAAAUAGCGACGUUUUCGAGCUUUUAAUUAGCUUCGUUUUGGUACAAUUUGCAUGGUGAAUGUGAAUUCCUUCUUUUGGCAUUUUUAUAACCACAAGCCUAUUAAAUUCCAUCAUAGAUAUUGCACUAAAUGCACCCCUUUGUAAGAAUGUUUUAGCUCGACUUACCUUAUCACUUCAAAAAGAGCGAAUAUUUCGCAAGAGUAUCACUAACAGGUCACAUUUUUACAAUUCGUUGAUAAGUUAAAAUUUUCAAAAUUUUGUGAAUAUUUCAUAAAUGAUUCAGCCAGUUUAAAUAGUCUUCGUAAUCUCCGAGAAAACUUUCAGUUUAGAAGGUAAGCGUUGUGUGUUCUUUUCCCUAUACUGCUGUUUAUAAACAAAGAAAGAAAAAGAUUGUUUUUGUUUUACUGUGAUUAUAAUAGCUUUUCAAGUGGUACCUAAAGCGUAGGGCUUCUACACCACGAAAUGCAGUUCUUCAUAGGUGACUUAUUAGAUCCUAACAUUGAGCUGUUUACACUAAAAACAAUAAGAUAAACAGUUAGCUCACUCAUAUUACUGUCAGUAUUUUGCUGACAAAGCCAAACUAUACAGUCAAGCUUCUCAAGUGGGCAAAACAUAUAAAUUACUUUUUAUUUAUUAUCAAACAUUCUAUAAUAUCAACACACUGGGGCACUUUUGUAUAAUAAUGAUAUUCUUGUAAAGGAUACAUAUAUUUUUUUCUAUAAAUAUCAGAAUAAGCCCAUUCUCUAAAAUUGCUCAAUUUAUACCAACUUUGAAAGAUCCAUCAUUUGUUUAGUGAAAGUACAAAAUUUGAUAAUAAUUUCAUAUUUGCUGAGAAAUUACAAUUGGGCUUCCAAUUCUUGUUCCAGGCACAUGUGACGUAAUAAAAGGGAAAGGAUGCUAAAAAUACACAGAACACUCACAGUAAUUUUUUUUUUAAGCAAUGGCAAGAUAUUGUGUUCCAAUUUAAAUUUAGUAGCCAAGUAAUUUCCCAUGAUUUGAAAUUACAUAACAAAAACUCCAAACACCUGUGUGGCUUAGAAUGUCACAUGAUCUAAACAUCUGUUGUUAUGAACAAUUUCAAUUAACUAUACUAACUCUCAACAGAUCAGUAGGCAUCUUACCUAAAAGGAGCAGCUAUUAGGAAUGAUUCUUUGAAGUUUCUAGCCUUCUGUUGCACUUUUACCCUACUGUUGCACUUUUUCAUAAUGUUUCUUUGAUUUCCUUCUUUUUAUUCCAACAACACCCACCUUGAUAUCUCUGUUCGUUUUUGCUGUGAGAAUGAUCUUAUUUCCAAUUAUUAUAAUAAUAAUAAUAAUAAUAAUAUAAAAUAUAUUUGAAGACAAGAACAGUCAAUCAGAGGGUAUUGGGUCUAGGUUAUCUUUUUUUUAUCGAGACAAAGGCUAAAGAAAUUAUUAAAUCGACUGCUACAAUCAUAAUCAUGAGCCUAGAGAAAACUGCAACAUUUUAGUGAAAACAAGGUAAAGUACAGAGAAGAUUAUUUUGAAAAAUGAUACUUCAUAUGUUUAAUCAUUGACCCCACCACCCUGAAGGGGUACUAAAGUUCACUUUGAAAAAAAGGAGCUUCAUGUUUCGCAGGUACCCUAAAACAUACUUAAUCACAAAGAAGAACUGUUAAUACAAUUAGCCUUCAGUUGAAGGUUUUAAAUGGAAUUUUUAUAGAUAGAUCAAGAGAUUAAAAGAACUACUCUAUGGAACAUAUAAUACUGUAUCAUGUGAGAGAGUAACUUGAUGAUCUCAUGCUUAAAGCAUGGUAUUGACAGACCUUGAUUGCCUUAAAUCUGUUAGUUGGCUAAAGGUCAAUUUUGUGUAGUGAAAGAAAUGUGUUAAGACCAUUUUCUUCUGUUGCAGAUGAAAUCUGUCUAGAUCCUUCUGACGCUCCACUUGAAAUUGCGUUGAAUGCCAAAAAGCAUCCAAGAUUUGUUUUACGUUUGGAUGUCAAAACUUCCCCUGAAACAAGUGCUGCAUCAAAUAGUGAAGGAACCAUAAACAAGACAUCUGUGCCAAAUGGGACAGCUUUGAUUGAUCAUCCUACAAAUCGUAGUCCAAGUCCAUCACUUGCCAGCACCAGAACUGCUGGCAGUGAUAACAGUUCUUCUGGAAGCUUUACUGGACAAUCACAGUUAAGAAAUGACAGCCCUUUACCAAGUAGAAAGCCAUUUAUAAAGCCAAAAAGUCCAUCACCAACCCACAACACGCUAAAUGACAAAAUGCCCUCAUCAGCAAGAGGUGAUAAGAUGAGAAACUUUUUCAGUUCCCCAAGGAGUGCUCUUGGAAUGUUUUUUGAUGGAGCAGGGAAUCAGCCAGAUCAGAGUUCUCAUGCCGCAAACAAAACUGCACGUUCAAAGCAUAAAAGAAAGGGAUCUCUUGGCCGUCUUAAAAAGAAGAAGGCAGAUCAAAACACUACAACUGAACUAUCGACUGAGCAGAUGGCUCCAGGUAUUCUCAAGGUCUUUGGAGAUCAUGUUUCACCUGGCUCAAACUAUAAAAGUGUGCGAGCUACUGAGAUGACCACUGCAGAAGAAAUUGUUCAACAGGCUUUAGAGAGAUACUCACUUUCUACAGAGAAGGCUUCUGAUUAUGUGCUUUGUGAUGUAAUUGGAUACUUUACCAAGAGAAAAGGCAAUGUUAAAAAUGCAGAGGAAGAUGCUGAUAAGUGGGAAACAGAAUAUGCCAGGCUUAUUAGUGACCAAGAAAAACCUCUUGUGCUUCAACAAUUGUGGAAGCCAAUUGGAGGAUUUUCUCGCAGAUUUGAACUGCGGAAGCGGAGUGAAACUCAGGACUCCUCGUUUUUCAAACCAAGAGGUAGCAUUGCAAUUAUGAAAGCUGCAUCCAUGCGUGAAGCCCAUGUACCUACUAGUGUAAGGGAAAUCCGUCGUGAUACAGGACAAAGUGACGCAUCACACAUUUCAUCGAGUGAAGACCAGCUUUCAAGCAUCGGUAUUGAAGAGGGGGGUAGUUCUGGGCGAGCAUCUUUAAUUGCAUCACCAUUUAUUGUGCCCACAGACACACCACACCUUCUCCUUCUCAAAGGUUGUAGUAGCCCUGAUGACUACUUGUACCACAGGUUAGAUGAACAGUUAUCCGUGGUUGGUUGCCCUGUGCAUCAGCCUGAUAAUCAAUGUGCUGAUGUAAUUCUAUUUGCACCCGAUAUUUUACCACAACAUUGCACUUUGAUUAAAAGAGUGGAAUCAUCAAGUCCAGAUUUUGAACAAGAAUACAAUGAUUUGAAUUUUGCAGUUUAUUUAGAGCCUUCCAGAGGUGCUGACGUGUGUGUAAAUGGUGCAGCUGUUUUAUCUCCCACAAAGCUGAUCCCAGGAGACCUUGUUUCAUUUGGAAAGCAUUACUAUUUCCUAUUCAAAGAUCCCUCUCAAGUUGCAGAUAGUUCCAUGAAAUUAUCCUGGGUCAAUUAUUUGAAACAAUUUCACAAGAUGAAAAUGGCUGAGGAUGCAGAACAUGCAUCUGGUGUGCAAAAUAUUCAUGACGGUGAUACUAGUAAUAUUUCAAAUGCCAAAGAUGGUAUUGAUGUUCCUGAUGAGGCACAGAAUGGUUUACGAUUGUCUUACUCUGUUCAAGAUGAGGAUUACCUGCUUGAUAUGAUAAUGAACAUUGUAGAUUUAUCAGGAGAUGGUUACAAAUUAUCCCCAUCAUAUCUGUUAAUCCUGUGCAUUGAACACUCUGCAAAAUAUCACACAGAGCUACAAACAAGACAGCUUCUCGUCAAGAUAUCAAAUGGAAUCCAGACAGUUGCAUCAGUGAGUUCAACCUUUUUUUUUUUUUCUGAUACGUGAUCUCUUAUAUUGAUUACAAGAUUUGUCCUGAAAUAAUUACUAUAUCAUGACCAAUUCCUGUAACAGUUUUUUUAUCAUCAUCCCAUACCUGCUUGACAUUUUGACAUUGCUCUUUUCAGUUAUAUGCAAACUCUAAGGUUCGGAGCCAAAACCAAUAUUUUGUUUCAAGCCACUGAAAACAACCCAAAUGCGAUUAAUCAAAUCCAUAAAGUAGAACACAGGAACAUGAUUGGGCUUUUUGACUCUCUUAAUUAGAGGUCAUUAAAACAACUGCCAGCAACACAAAACAGUUUCACUCAUACUUUCAUUUAAACUGGAAACAAACAAAAACAGAAAAAUUAGAACCACAACAUCAUUAUGCAUUAUUACUAUUAUUAUUAUGAUUAUUACCUAUUAUUACCAUUGAUAUUAAUAUGAUAUUAUUAAUAUAUUAUUAUUACUUAUUAUUACUAUUGAUAUUGAUAUGAUAUUAUUAAUAUUAUCAUUAUCGUAAUUGUUGUUUUUAUAAUUAGAAAUAGUUUCAAGGAAAGUUGUCAAUAAUGUAGAUUUAGGGACUAUUUAUUUGUCAUUGUUGUUCAUGGAUCCGUCUUUCCCUCUUCUUAUUCAGGAAAAAACAGCAGAAAUGUCAAAGACAAUUGACAGGUAUGAAGUAAGAAAAUGUAGUUAGAAAAGGAAAAAAAACACUAAAAGGAAAAGAAUAUGGCUAAAUAGAAUGAGGCUAGACAAAGAUGGAGAAGAAGCAGCAAACAAUAUGAAUUUAAAAAAAAAAGUCUUAUUGUCGUGAGAUUUAUAAUCCAAAUUGUUUGUUUAACGUUAUUAACCCCUGAGAUCUGAUUGUUAAUUAUCCCCUCCAGCUGCUACACAUUUUCUUUUAAAUUGGGUCUGAGAAUUUUGUUUUAGAUAAAGAUAACAUCUCUUACCUGAUAAGUUUGAGUAUUCUCAUUUCCUGUUUGCUGGAUAAUGUAUGGAUAUUAUGUAGAGAAAUUAAUUGUUAAUCAUUUUUGGGAGUUAAGGGUUGAAGCAGUCAAUUGCUCCCAAGAUCUAAGUAUUAAUUAACUGCUAUGUGUGUGAUACAUUUCUUUGAGUUUUAGCUCUGGGAGUUUACUUUCAAGUAAUUAAUAUCUCCAAUUGAUAUUUUUCUUUCUUUUCAACACCUCUCGGCUUGAAAAAAAUUUAUCUAUGCUUUGAAGAGGGUAGGGAAGGGGGGCAUGAAGGUAUCCUACUCACAUGUAACAUGCUUGUUAGGUAACGCUGCACUUCAAAUCUAUUUGACCUAGAUCUUGGUUUGGUUUGGUUUUGUUUUUGAUUUGUUUUGUCUUUUCCAGAACUUCAGUUCCAGAAAAAGCUUUAGAAGAGCUUCUUCCUCAGCUACGACCAGUGGUGUUUUGGAUGGCCAAUUGUCUGCAAAUGUUGCCUUACCUCCAGUGCAACAUGUCUCGUUACAUCAAAGACCCAUCUCAAAUGGCUGAGAAUGGUGAUGACAGUUUGCUCAAUGCAGAUGAAGAACUGCUUAUGUUUCUUGAAGAAGUUAUCAUUUACACUUUUCAACAGACCGUCUAUCAUCUUACGAAGGUAUGUUUAGCAGUGUUUCUUGCGUCUCUUCAGUUUAGAUCACAGAUGAUAUCAUAAUGUGGUAGGAGCAAAGAUUCAGUGCAGGGCCGUCAAGUGUGUCACUGAUGUUGCUCUGACGUUUUUCCCAACAGCCCUCAAAAUCCGUAAAAUCCGUAAAACCCUUAAAAUGACGAAGGAACAGUGCAAGUCCAGCUCGACUCAAAAAUCCCAAAACCACUUUUUUUUAUUUUCGCACGCGCGACCAAACAUGUUACGUCAUAAAGUUUAAAUCAUUUGAAUUAACCAAUGAGGGCGCGCCUGAAAAAAAUGUCCGUAAUUGCGCGCGCUGGGGUGUUAGUUUUUUUAAUCAAUUGUAUAAAUGUAGAAAAGGUUACAACAGAUGUUCCCACCACAUUUGGAUGUCUUCUGUAAUCUACUUCUGGGAAUCUAUUUGUUUUAAACGAUAACAUAGUAGUAGUACGUCCUCUGAUAGUAAAACCAAUCAAAAUGCGUGUAUAAUUCAGCUUACCAAAUGAUUGUUCCUACAUGAGGCUUUUGAAGAGAAUUUGGAUUAGGGAAGGAGUUGUCAUCAUAUCUCAUACAUUAUUCAAUUGUUGCCUUUUUUUAUGCCACAAGCCCAUUAAACCAUUGGACUCCUGUUCAUGCUUUGUUUUGGACAAUUAGGAUAAUUUUUGACAACUCUAUUGUAUUUUCUAUCAGGUCUUGUAUAUCGCUCUUCCAGCGAUCUUGGACACAAAUCCAUUCCAAGACACAGACGAAAACAGUGACAAGAGACCACAGGAAGUGGAAACCGUAAUCAGCAUCUUUCAGAUCACUUACGAUGUUGUCAAAGCUUAUUCCGUUCACGAAGACAUACUUCAUCAACUCUUUGCGUAUUUGUUUUUCUUCACAAACGCGUCCUUGUUCAACACUUUGAUGGAGCGGGGAGCUGGGGGCAAGUUCUACCGCUGGGCUAAAGGAGCGCAGAUACGGGGCAAUCUGGAUAUGUUGGAGAGCUGGGCUGCCCAGGUGCAACUUCAUGACGAGGCUAAUGAAUAUUUGAUCAGACUGUCCACCGCGGCUGAUUUGUUGGCCACACCCAAAGUACAGCUCCUACAGGUUAGUUCCUUUUUCUUUAGCAUUUGAAUCACGCUUUGCUGCCGCACAUUUGAAUAAUGAUAGCUGUCUACAGUUUUCCCAUUGAAGUAAAGCAGACUCGCACUGUUACUAUUGCAAAAUAUAAAUUCUUAGUCGUACUCCGCCUAUAAGGUCAACUCAUCUAUUACGUGUGACGUUUUGUUGCUCACGAGUAAGUCAUUUCAUGUGUAGGCUGACUGGGUGACAAUCAGAAGAGAUUUCCCAGCACUCAACCCGGCCCAAGUGCAGCAAAUUUUGAGUGAAUACCAACUCGGCCCAGGCAGGUCUCGGCCAAGAGGCUGGUUCCCCCCUCCGGAGGAAGUAGAGCCUGCACUCCGCACGGGUAAGUAGUGACUCUUAGACGUGACUGAUGUGCAAGUCUCCAUACAGUUAUGAAGAAUGACCUAUCAAACUUGUGAUGAGAACUGACUCACUUGUAAGCUGGAUCUUUUACUUAAUAUUUUCGGAACUAAAUUACAGUGGUAAAGAGCUUAGCUGCAGCCGAAUACAACCAACUAUGAGCAUACAUGAAUCCCUUUUACAACUUAGUCCAGUUGUGAAUUUGGUGCAAGGAAAAGGGAAUUCCGCGCCGAUGAUUUGAAUGAUUUGAAGUAAUGCAGGGUAUACGAGUUUGUCCUUAGCUUUGGUUUAUUUUUUAUUUUCGUAGCGGACAUGUUAUUGAACUUCUCAGAACAUCCACCGUUGAAACUCCCGACUGAAGGAUUUGUACUGGACUUUGAGAAUGGACCUACGGAUCAGUCCUUCUACCACUAUUUAGAUACGAUUAAACAAGCAAUGAAUCCAGGUAAUGAUUGUUAGUUAUAAAUUUUUUAAGGUUACUGACUUGUCAGAGGUUGAGCUAUGAAGAGAAGUUAAAAACAGCGGAAUUCUUUGUGACUUGUGUACGUUUUUUUCUUUGUAAGGUCUCGGAAAAAAUGGAUCAGGAACGGCAAGAGUGAACGGAAUCAACAGGUUGGUUGAGUGAUUCACUAGUAAUUUCUUCUCAUAAUUUCAAUACAAUAUCCUGCAGAUUGUUUUUCGGCCUAUUCACAGAGUAAACUCAAGGUUAACUUUUGAAUUCUUACCUCAGAGUUCAACAACCAGAGCCGGAAGUGCUUCAUUCAGAUGUGAUUCGUACUUCGUCAUUUACACAUGGUCAAGAUCACGUGCCUAAUUUGGUAGUCUCCCCAGCCUCCCCCUCAAAGGACAAGAAAGAAUUCACAUUCGAGACGGUCAUGUCUAAUUCACCUCCAUCCAGGGAAGGUAUGAAACGAAUGGUAAUACUGAUUCUGAAUUCUGUAGAAUUGUGUGCUCAUAAAUAGCUUAAGCGUUCAUCGGUUGUACCAGAAUUGAAAGCCGAAGUAGGAAGAAUUGUGUUAUAACCUCUCCCUCCGUCCCCUCCGUUUCCCCCCCACACAUGAAAGGUGAAAAAAGUAGUUAAAUUAGUAUAAAAAGAGAGAAAAACUUAGAACCGCUUCAGAGAAAGGUUACUCCACAAAGAGAGAUGAUGCACUCUUGUCACGAAAGAGGAACAAAGAAAAAUGUGUGGGACCUGAGGAGUGUGAAGUACGAAAAUAAUUGAACAACUGCUUCCAAGCGAUUGGUUUUUCCAGUUGUUAGAGUAAAUGAAAGAUAAAAUUAACCGUAGGCGUCACCUGUUUGAUAAUUUUUUUUCAGAGGACAAAACAAGUGUUCCCAAAGAAAAGAGAUCCGUCGCCUCUGUUGAGAGAAGGGAGACUCCCCCUAGAGAUAGGGAUGCGUCGCCAAGUAAACCAAGAACAUCAGAUCCAUCUCUGGCAGAGAAUUCCGAAUUUACUAAUGGCGGAAAGCGUCCCCUUUCCAGAUUAGUUUCAGGCCAAAAGAUUGCUUCCAGAUCCAGUUCUCCAAUUAAUCGUUUAGAGGGACGUGAUUCCGCGGGGCUGUCCGAUGAGGACCCUUCUGUGGUGUCUGCCAGAACACUGGAGAGUGAAGACCCUAGGGCUUCAGGUUGUUAGAACAAUAAGUCAUCUGUUUUCUGGUGCUAUCAAAUACUAUCGUAUCGAAAACCUAAGCGAACGAAUAAUCAGCCUCCGUCAGUGACAGAAGUCCCUUUCAGGACAAUCAGACCACACGAUCAACUGUUACCGCUCCAAGAUUAAACCAUUUAUAAUAUAAUUGUACUUUCUGUCUCUAGAUGUACCCCUGAUCGGAGUCAAGGAUGAAAAUCAAAAUAUGGCAGCUGUGCCGGAGAGAAGAGCAGCUUCGCCGUACACGAACGAUAACUCCAAGUGGGUUGAAGUUACUGGUGCCGUGACACGUGAUGCUGUGAACAUUGCAGACGGAUUAUCAGUACUUCCGGUGGACGACUCAGAAACGAACGAAGAACUGGCUUUACAGAUAGCGAUAGACCCAACGGUUGAAACUUCUAAGGAAUUCGACGAGAGACGAGCGCUUCAGAAGGCGAAGCUUUUGAGCCGUCUGAGAAAUGAAUCCGAUGUUGAUCAUGGAGGAGAAAUACCUGGAGGUACAAGUGACUCACCGGCCAAACUGGAGGGUAUGAGGGAAAAUGAUGACCGACAGGAUGACGUGUUUAUUGUAGAGCUGGAGAAAGGAGACGAAGGAAUAGGCUUGGGACUCAUUGACGGUCUGGUAAGGGCUGGUUGUUUUGUAAUCUUUGUGUUCGGAGUCCAUUUAGUUCUUACCCAGCUCCGAAGAACAUAAGUUGCUUUAACGCAUCAAUAGCACAACUUUCCCGCUCUUACUAGCUUUCUGUGCACUUUAUAACGCGUUUUUAACGUUUAUGGGAGGUGCAUUGGCACAGUGUUUAGCGCGGUUGACUUCCGGUCAAGAGGUCUGAGUUCAACCCCAAGGCGGGUCAUUGUAUUGUAAUCUUGAACACUACAUAUUACGCUCUCAAUGUCUUCUAAACCAAAGAAUAUAAAAGUUAGUGAAAUUGUCACUGAAGCUGAACGAUUUCCUUCCCGGUUGCCUGCGAAGGACUAACAUCUCAUUGAAGAAAAGUAACGGAUCAAUGUCAGUAUUUGAACAAAUGCACACCUACUCCUCCCUUGACCCAACAACUGUCAACUGAUAAACUAAGGUAGAGUUAAAAUUGAGUUGGGGAAGGGGCAGAUGUCUAGGCGCAGUUGUGUAGAUACUGGCAUUGGUCCGAAGUAACAAUCCUCGCUGACGAUUUAUCUUAAAGAAACUGGGAUCAGUACCGGUUACAAGGUCGUAAGACAUUCCUUACACCUUCCUGUGCUUGUAAACUACUUGUACAUAUUAGUCGUCAUAUGAAACGUAAGAGAUUUUAUCGUUCAUUUUCAUUUGUAGUACACACCAUUACGGUCCCCCGGGAUUUAUGUCCGGACCCUGGUGGCUGGAGGACCAGCUAUAAAGGUCAGUGAAAUUAUGAUGGUCCUGUAAUCUUUGGCAUCCAAGAUAAAAAAGACAUCCACACCUAUGGUAUUUUAUUUAUGAUGAUAAAACAAACUAUGAAACAUUUGAAAUUAUUUAUACCUGUUCUCACGAAAAUUGCAUCGUUCUUUAAAUAAAUAAAUCGAAUUAUCUUUAUCUGUGAAACAUUGCAUCUAAAACCAGAGUUUAUUGUCGGGGAACUUCAUAGAACAGCGAUGUCUUGCUCGUUCUUGAAUAUUGUUGGUGGGAUUUGCGGCGCAGACGAACGCACAAGUUCUUCAACUUCCGUCACACCUCUCACGCGGUGUAACAGGGAUAUCAAAAAUCACAAAAAGUCGUUGAAAUUUUCCGGAAUUGAAACGGAGGUAGAAUUAAUUUUGGCAAGAUGUGGAUGUUUUCAAAAGCCGGCGAAUUUAUCGGAUAUGACUAUCUGUCCGGUUCAUCGUGCCAAGUUAGGUUUAGGUAGGCGAAGGACGGGUAAUCUUUGCACCAUCCCGGAAGUUGUUUCUGGUCAUUGCAAGGAGCUGAGGAAGGCACCCGCACUGGAAAAAGGAAUAAAUUUAUUCCAAUCCAUGAAGAUAUUUGAGCUUUCAAAACAGCUCGAGUCUGUAACUUACAGUACGUCAAAAAGCCACUAAAAAAAAAAGGAUAGUCUAAUCACAAUGCUACCCCCCCUUCUUUUCACCUCUUAUCGCGCAAACUUUCGAUUGUUAUUUUAUUCUGUGGGUCGACAAAACUUCAGACUUUUGUGUUUAAAAAAAUACGCGCCUUUCGGUAAUUUCGGAGUUUUGACGGAGUUUGACUAUGUUUUUCUAAAGGAAUUUGCGUAAAAUGCAGAAAGAUGAUUUUAUCAACCACUUCAAGAGUUCAUUUUGACGUGCCGAGUGCUUGACGGGUUGAAUGUAACGUAACUAACCUUAGCGCAAGAUCCUGGACCAGACUCUAUGGCUGUUUUGAGCUGAAUCGCUUAUAUAUUCCUAUUCCAGUACACAUGGUGCAAAAUUAAUACUUUUGAACAUGAUGUAUUACCGGAAAAAAAAAUCCGAGAGUGCUUCAUGGGACAUUUGGAAUGUCAUGUGUGGCAUACGCGCAAUGGAAUAAAUGUGAUGGAAUAUUUUUAAGCCUGGUGAAUAAAUGAGAAUGAUGUAUUAUUCAGUAAGUGACACAGGCGUACUCGGAAAAAAAGAAAUCCGAGUGCUCGCGGUCAUCAGGAGUCGAAACUAUCGACAUCGUGUCAUGUUAUGCCUAAGUGACACGAUGAGACGGUACGGGUAGUCAUCUCCAAUAAACUCGUUGGCCCGGGAAUUAGCCAUUUCGUUGUUAUGUAUGUCUAUUAACUUCGCCAUGGUUAAGUCGAUGCAAUAUUUGCUUUUCGUGGAAACAGUUACUUCGAUUGGUUUCCGGCACAAAACUGGUGAGCUUUGGACCAACAGGGGUCGUGGUAAUUUUGAAAUUAUGAUGGUCCCCUGUUUUAAUCCAUCCAAGAUAAAAAUCGAAUUUUGACAUCCAAAAGUCCUAAAGAUUUAAAAACAUUUUUUAUUUAAGUAAACCAUUUAAAUCGGGUGGUCGAAAAAAAUAAUUCUCAGGGUCUGUGUCUGGUUUGUUUCCCCGCCAUCAAUUGAAUACCAUUACAUUUGAAGUCCCGCUGCUCCUCUCUUCCCACCCCCCCUCCCCGGCCCCCGCUCUCACUAAUUUCUAGAGGUUAAGGCUCGAAGGUGGGGGAUUUACCAGAGAGCAGGGAUUGGGGUGGGGGGGGGAAGGAGGGGGAGAAUGGGGGACUGUGAGAGAGAGAGAGAGAGAGACUUAUUACAGUCUUGAAGUAAAAGACGUGGUGGGGGGGGGGAGGGCCUUCCUAGAGUUGAGGGUUGUUCUAUGGACGCUCUUAGUAAUCUUCAUUUUUUUUGUGUAGGAUGGUCGGCUUCGUCUUGGUGAUCGUAUCCUUGCUGUAAAUGGAACCAGUCUCGUUGGAGCUGAUUAUCAAAGGUAGGCGGCUUGGAUUUGAGUGUUCCUUGAGUGAUACUACUAAAUUUAUUGCCGUGAUACAUGAAGAUUUUACGGGUUCUCAAAAUCGUAACCCUUGUGUCUAAAUGGAAAUUUGUUUCUUUUUCAGUGCCAUGCAGCAAAUCCGUGAAGCAGGGAAGCAGUUAUCUUUCUUAGUGGCUAAGUCUGAUAUUCAUGUGGCGAUGAAGAUCACAGCUUCAAGUUGCUAGCAAUCCUACAAAUAUAGAGAUACCUCGUCACGUUGUUAUGUCAUGUCACGCAGUAGGAACGUUGUUGCGUGACAUCCCAAACAUGCAAACAUGGGCUGCGGGAAAGAUCGAGUGACCAAGUUUUGGCAGGACCCAGUUCGGAGGCCUGUUCUACUUUUUAAUCGAGUUAAACAUCAAAGACUAAUUUUCCUCACCUUUGUGGAGUGAUGAAAACUGAAUAUACUGACAAAAAUGUUUCGUAUUCAAUAGCUGGAACUAGAAUUUUUACGAGAGCAACUUUUCGCUUAACUCGUCAACCAAGAAACUCGAGUGGUUUGUAUUUUUGCACAUUUUUAUCUUCCGGAGUGUAGAGUUUAUAACCACUUUUAUGAUAUUGAUUGUGUGAUGUGACCUCUGAGGAUUUUUUCUACAUACUUUACAAUGUACACCCUAUCAUGUGUGCCCACGUUACCCUCAGUUGUCAGAUUCAUACCCACGCCUUGGACUUUUCGUGCUUGUUAUAUUUUAUAUAUUUUAAUGGUUAUUUAUCCUGAGUCAUAUUAUGCCGUUCAAGUUGUUUAUCGCUGUGAUUCUCAACGCACUUUUGAAUAAAAU